AUGUCCGACGCUAUUAUCUCUUAUGCCGCUUUGAUCUUGGCUGAUGCUGGUUUGGAAAUCACUGCCGACAACUUGUUGGCUCUAACCAAGGCUGCUGGUGCCUCCAUUGACAACGUCUGGGCUGAUAUCUUCUCCAAGGCUUUGGAAGGUAAGGACGUUAAGGAAAUCUUGUCCGGUUUCCACGCUACUGGUGGUUCUUCCGGUGCUACUGGUGGUGCUGCUACUGGUGGUGCUGCUCAAGCUGAAGCUGCUGAGGAAGAAGCUGCUGAGGAAGCCGCCGAAGAGUCUGACGACGACAUGGGUUUCGGUUUGUUCGACUAA